UUUUUUUUUAUCUUUGAUAUAACCUAAUGAACAGAUUCGUUUCAAGAUACUCCUCUUCGCCUUUGACGUUGCCUAAAGAAGAAAGCUUUGGUCAACUCUGUGGUCAAUGGGAUGCUGCUCAAGACUUGGCUUUCCCUGCUUUUGAUAUUCCUGCUAUCCAUAACCCUGUCGAUUUCUUAAAAAGUGUCACUGAUGAAUCCUCACCUGAAUACAAAAUCAAGAUUCAACAUGGUACUACUACACUUGCUUUUCAAUUCCAAGGAGGUGUUGUUGUCGCUGUUGAUUCAAGAGCCACCAUGGGCAACUAUAUUGGUUCUCAGACAGUAAAGAAAGUAAUUGAAAUCAAUCCUUAUUUAUUGGGUACAAUGGCUGGUGGUGCAGCUGAUUGUUCUUACUGGGAACGUGAAUUGGGAAGACGUUGUCGUCUACAUGAAUUGAGGAAUAAGGAACGUAUUUCAGUGGCUGCUGCAUCCAAGUUAUUAGCUAAUAUGGUCUAUUCCUACAAGGGCAUGGGAUUAUCUAUGGGUACUAUGGUCACAGGUUGGGAUAAAUCAGGUCCAAAUCUCUUUUAUGUUGAUUCAGAUGGUACAAGAUUAAAGGGUGAUAUUUUCUCUGUCGGUUCUGGUUCAACAUUUGCUUAUGGUGUUCUUGAUACUGGUUAUGAUUUUGAUUUGUCUGUCAAGGAUGCUCUUGAACUCGGUAGAAGAUCCAUUUACCAUGCUACACAUCGUGAUGCCAUGUCUGGUGGUUCAGUUAAUUUGUAUCAUGUUACUGAAGAAGGUUGGACAUACCAUGGCAAUCAUGAUGUUGGUCAACUUCAUUGGGAUUACCAAGAUGGUAUUGUUAAAGACAUUGUUUAAAUAAUAAUAAAAAACUCUCUUUAUAUAUA